AUGGAUCAAGGAACAGGGGGAAGACAAAUGCCUCGUGAUCAAGGAAAUGGUGAUCAAAUUGCUAAGAAACUUCUUGUUGUUACGGUUUGGGGCAUCUGGUGGUGCCCAGUAGAUCGUCUUUCCAUGAAAGCUGUCCUUCAAGCCUUGAAAGGAAGGGGAAUUUAA